AUGACCAAACACGACAGGAAGGCAUCAUCGCACACCACCCGCAAAUCGUCGUCGAAAUUGAAGCUGAGGGACUAUAGCCCUGGAGGCGUUAAAACCUACGACGAAGCAGCGAAUCAUCCUCCAGAUCAAGCCCAACGACUGCUGACCUCCUGCAAGCUCGUUUCGCUGGUUUCUCUCACCUCCAUUUCGCAUUGGCGAUCCAACAAGUAUUCUUCGAGCCCACACGGACCUUCUCUGGUGGGCAUUGCUGAUCCUGCGGUCGAGCAACUUGCGCCUUCCAUCUCCUAUGACGACGAUUUCGCGGACAGUGGGCGCAGGACGACGAUGGGAGGCUCACAGCUGCGCGGCACUCUUCAAGCUGGGGCUGGGGCGACCAUUCCGUCGAGUUUUGCAGAGGUCAUCAACGUUACUUCUGUUGAUCAGGAUUUGAACAAGCAUGAGAUGAACGUUGGGGCUGGAGGAAUUCUGCAAGAGCGGCCCUUCCUGCCAAGGGCCUCGUCGACUGUUCCUUCUGUGGAUCCUGCUGAUGAGCAAGGUGUUGAGGCUAUAUGUGGCCCGCGCUGUUUUCAUGAGGAUUCUUCGACUAUUGGAAGUGGGUUUAAGAAAGAAAAGGAAGACGACGAUUGGGGGGGUCGUCGAUGGCGGACUGGGAGCGACCUUGACGAAGGUGACGAGCAGACGAGGGGCUACGCAGCAUCCAAACAGGGUCCAUCUCAUGUUCUUGCGGUUGAGAAGCCCUGUUGGAGAAUAAUACAUCCAUCAUGUCGGAAUUCAAAGGACCAGCUUGUUAAGCUCCCAGGAGCGACGGAGGAAAAGGGGGCCUUGGAACGAGUGUCCGACGCUGGUAUCGGCGAGUUCCAGUAUGCGAAGUGGGUCGUUGCGGUACCUCAUUAUGCAGAUCAAGAUGGUAGCGCAGCUGGUGUCGCUAUCGAUGUUAUCGGGGGCAAGGUCGCGUUAUGGAGUCCCAAUAUCGAACAUCCAUCAGAGCCAUCAUUGUCGUUCUUGGCCCAAAGCACGCCAUCCGAGGUGGAUUCGUUGGAAGUUAGCCAGCGUAAGCUGUUGAAAGCCACCCUAAUCCAGCUCGGAAUACAGAUUCGUGGAAGAGGAGAAAAAGCAUGCAUGUCCCCUCCCUUGAUCGCACCUCUUCUCCAACCGCAUAUCGUACCUAGUGUGUAA